AUGCGCGUCAUUACAAUGGGCGGCUCGGCAGAGGGCGAGGCGGAAGCAGCGCACUACGAAGCUGAGCUCCGGGCUUUGCCGGAGUCGACGUUGCCGCGAAGCUCCGGACUACCCGUCUUCGACCUUUGCCUUAUUGGCGUGGGAGAUGAUGGCCACUUUGAGUCGCUCUACCCGGACCGGGAGGAGAUUGCGGAUGCUUCGGGCCGAUGGGUCUUGGCUGUGGACAUGAAGUCGCCUCCCACCAUCACGCUCUCGCCGGCAGCGAUGAUGUCUUCCAAGAAGGUCCUUGUGGCCUCCGCUGGAGUUUCGGAGAAGUACCCCAUGGGCAAAUCGGAAGCCAUGAAGAAGGCUAUCGAAGGCAUGGAAGGCCCUCGUGCCUUCCCUGCAAGCCCUCAGAUCUACGGCAUGCUACCUUCUCGACGAGGCGGCCGCCUCCUCCCUGAGCGAAGGUUACCUGAGCUGAGCGCGGAGGCAAUGAGAAGAUGA